AUGCGUUUCGCCAUGUCGCCCGACAGCCUCCUCCUCUUCUACGCCGCCGCGGCGGCCGUCACCGCCGCCUUCGGCCUCUUCUCGCUGUACAAGCACCUCGUGCGCCAACGGCGGCACCACCCCAGCGCGGACGCACCGGACGGGGACAUGGAGGAGCGCCGGCCGCUCGCGGUGACCACGGUGGCGUCCAGCAUUCUCCCGCCGUUCAUGUACAACCGGCUCGUCCGGCACAGCGGCAAGGGCGACGACGCGGGCUCGACGGAGUGCGCGGUCUGCCUCGGCGCCAUCCGGGUCGGCGCCAUGGCCAAGCUGCUGCCGGCGUGCGCCCACGUGUACCACGUCGAGUGCAUCGACCUGUGGCUCGCCGCGCACUCGACGUGCCCUCUCUGCCGGUGCACGGUCGGCGGUGAUCGCUCGGCUCAGGACCUUGCUUGCCUCUCACCUGUAUGCCGGUGUAUAUAUAUAGUGUGA